UCAAACAAUCCAAGUUAACUUUCGUAGCUUUGUUAAAAUUCUCAAGUUUCAAUAAUUAACAAUGGUUGGCUCAUAUUCAUUAUAUCAAGAUCCCAUGCAAAUCAAGCAGCCUGAUAUACCAAACAAUGGCAUCGGCUGGCAGCUGCUGCCCAAGACUUAUAAGCUAAACGAUCCUGUGCUGCUGCGUCAUGUGCUCUGUGGCAUGAUUAUAUUGCAUAAUUUCUUUCACGUUUGCCUGUGCUGGCGGCAGCUGCGGCUGUGCAGUCGCUCCCAGAAUCCGCCGCAGAUAAUGCAGAACGUUAUGUCGGAUGCGCAGUUCAAGACGGCCAAGGAUUCGGAAAUGAUGAACGUAGAACUGAAGCUUAUCGGUUUAAUUGUGGAUGCCAUUAUGAGCUGCAUUGAAUUGUAUUUCUGCGUGUUUCCUUGGCUCUGGCUGCAGACUAUGCAUUGGUACAGCAUCAUUGAGGAUUUCAUGUGGCAUAACAUGGCAUUUGCAGUGCUGCUGUCCAUUUAUCUGGUGCUGCGCGGCUUGCCGCUGAUAUUCUACAAUAAGAUAAUGGUGGAGCCGUACUAUAGCUCGGAAUCGAAGCGCACCAGCAUGCCCUUGGUGGGGGUGCUUUGCACGCAGGCGUUUUUUAUAGUCUUUAUGCAAGUGCCGCUCAUUCCGAUCACAAUUAUAUUCCUGCUGAUCGAAACCUACGGCGGCGAGUAUUACUUUGUGCUAUGGAUUUGGCUGUUCCUCUUGAUACUCAGCUUGAUUGCCAUUGUUACGGUUACGUUCUUUGGUGCGCCCUGCAUUGGCAAAGUGACCAAACUGCCCGCUGGUGCACUCCAGGAUGCACUGAGGCCUACGCUGCAGGAAUUUAAUUUCCCACUCGACUGCGUCUACAUAUUCAACACCUAUGCUGUGAGCAAUGGCAGCGUCUAUGCCUGGAAUCUGUGUGGACGCAAGUGCAUUGUGAUUUUCGACAGUUUGGUGCUCAACUUUGGCAAGCCCAUGUCGGAGCUGUUUGAGGAGGAUGUGGGCCAUGGACUGCAGCAGGAGCAGCUGGUGGCGUUUAUAGCUCACGAGCUGUGUCAUCAGCGCCAUCUACAUUUGACCAAAAUCUUUUGCAUGCUGCAGACAACGCUGCUGAUCUAUAUGCUGCUCUUUGGCUUCUUCUAUCGCCAGCUGGUGAUCUAUGAAGCUGCAGGCUUCUCGCUCUCACACUAUCCACACAUUGUGGGCUAUUGGCUGGUGUACAAGUAUGUGAUGACGCCCUAUCGCACUUUGACCUAUUGGAUUAUUCUGUUCGCUGUGCGUCGCUUUGAGUACUCGGCGGAUAAGAUGGCCUCGCAGCGUGGCUAUGGACGCGCGCUGAUCUCGGCGCUGCUGAAGCUGUUUGCUGACAACUGCACAUUUCCGUUUGUUGACGCAUGCUACAUGAUGUGGCAUCUGCGUUUGCCUACGAGCUUGAUACGCAUUAGACGUUUAAUCAGAUUGCAACCAAUAAAUUCAAGCGACGCUGCUUAAACAGACUUGACCACAGCAGCGCGUUACU